GAAUUCUCCCUCACACUGUGAUAACCCUCCCGCUCCCUUUAUCAACCUCGUCUUCUUGGCCAACCCCUCAUUGCCCCUUGACAGUAUUUGUCUUCUCUCCCUCUCUCUAAACGUAAUACUAAAAUACGACUGCACCCUUUAACUUUGGCCACACGCAAUCAUGGCUGCCGAAAAUGGACCGUAUUUAUUGACCAAUUUAACAAAAUAAUUGUCAAAUAUUUUAUAGGCAUCCAAAUCAUCCAGGUAAAUUGGUGCUAAGGAAUGUAGGCGAAGAAAGUACAGAUCAUAAUAACAACAUCACAAUGACAAGUGAGGAUUUGUUACAACCGGGCCAUGUGGUCAAAGAAAGAUGGAAAGUUAUGCGGAAAAUUGGUGGUGGUGGUUUUGGUGAAAUAUAUGAGGGUUUAGAUCUGCUGACAAAAGAACAAGUUGCAUUAAAAGUUGAAUCAGCAAGACAACCAAAGCAAGUACUAAAAAUGGAAGUAGCAGUUUUAAAAAAACUUCAGGGCAAAGAUCAUGUUUGUCGCUUCAUUGGCUGUGGUCGUAAUGACAGGUUUAAUUACGUUGUUAUGCAACUUCAAGGUAAAAAUUUAGCUGAAUUAAGAAGAGCACAACCUCGAGGUGCAUUUUCAUUGUCUACCACAUUACGUCUUGGUCUUCAAAUUUUAAAAGCAAUUGAAAGUAUACACCAAGUGGGCUUCCUUCACAGAGACAUUAAACCGUCAAAUUUUUCAAUUGGACGUCAUCCUUAUAAUUGUCGAUUGGUAUACAUGUUGGAUUUUGGUCUUGCUCGUCAAUUUACGACGGGUACUGGUGAAGUUAGACCAGCACGAGCUGCUGCUGGUUUUCGUGGUACUGUACGUUAUGCAUCAGUAAAUGCACAUAGAAAUAAAGAAAUGGGUAGACAUGAUGAUUUAUGGUCAUUAUUUUAUAUGCUUGUUGAAUUUGUUAAUGGACAAUUACCAUGGCGUAAAAUUAAAGAUAAAGAACAAGUUGGAAUAUUAAAAGAAAAAUAUGAUCAUCGUUUAUUACUCAAACAUCUUCCAUCUGAUCUUCGUCUUUUUUUAGAACACAUACAGAAUUUACAGUAUGCUGAUAAACCUGACUAUGCAAUGCUUGCUGGAAUAUUUGAAAGAUGUAUGAAAAGACGUGGAGUUAAAUUAAAUGAUCCAUAUGACUGGGAAAGACCAAUAGCACCAAAUGAAGGUUUACCAACAACAAGAUCAUUACCAACAGUAACUGCACCACCUGCCCUUACAACAGCAACGACAAUUAAUCAACCUCCAACAACACCUAAUGUUGAUACUAAUAAUCAAGAAAAUGUUGAACCAGACAAUCGAAAAGAGGCAAAGAUGGAUAUUGAAAGUUUGUGUAGGUUGUUAUUGGGAAAUGAUGGAUCACCAGUUCCAUUUACAUCACCAAUAAGUAAUCAUGGAAGAGAUAAAAAUUGUAAUGCAACAAUACAAAUAACUGACAAUAGUCAUCAACAACAACAACAACAGCAACAGCAGCAACAACAGCAGCAGCAACAACAACAACAGAGUUCACAAAUUGCUGCAACACCUCCUGUGCAAGGCUCACCAAAGAAACGUCGUGCUGUCUCAAUGGCUGUUGAAGCACCAUCACCAAUACCACCACAAGAAAAACAAAUUGAUAAUGAAAGUGAUGGUUUAAUGGCAUCAGCACGUUCAGCAUCUGAAGUACCACGUUCAAAAACAAUAGCAAGUACAGCAACACCAUUAAGAAAAUCAGCAAGUGGUGCAACAUUUGCUAGAUUACGUGUUGUACCACCACAAGAUCCCAUAUCUGGUGAACCACCAAGUCCAAGAAUACAAACUGAGGUUGAUGCAUCAUAUUGUUCAUAUGAUAUUACAAAUACAAAACAAAUUGGUAAUCAAAGCCCAGUUACUGAACAAAGAGAACCAUUACGUAGAGAACCAAGAAGAAGAACUGAAACAAGAUCACAAACAAGAGCUGGUCGUUCAGCAGUUAGAGACUGUUCAAUAACACAAUUUGCACAAAUUGAUGAUGAUAAUGUAUCAGCAUUACAACAAGUUACAAGAGGUGGUGGUGGUCUUACAUUAGCAUCACAAUGGAAAUCACAAUUUGAUGAUUCAGAAGAAACUGAUAAUGAAUGGAAAGGUGAAAAUUUACAAAGUCCUGAACAUAAACCAACAGCACCAUCAAUUAUUCCCCAGUCCACAGUUGGUAGUGAAGCAGUGGCAACUGUCAUUCCAACAACUAGGUCUAAUGAUGAUAAAUCCCUCGUGCCUCAGGCAAUAUCAGUAACAACAAGUGUCUCUCAACAGCAAGCAGCUCUAAUGACUGUACAAACAGCAUUAUCAAAAAUAAGUGAAGAUUCUUAUAGACCCAGUGUAUUACACAGAUGUUUAAAUAUCACUGGAAUUGAUAAAUAUCCACAACUUCAUCCUAUACUGCCCCGUGCUUGGAGUGUUCCGGCGCUGGCGCCACACGUUCGAGCUAAUCUUGAAGCACCUCUGAUCCAGCAAGCAGCAUUUGAUGAUGUUUUGUAUGAAGUUGAUGUCAUGUGGAAUGUCGCAAUGCGACAUGAUGAGCCAAAAAAUGAAGCACCAUCAAGACGUGCAAGUGUACCUGCUGUUAAAUUUGGAUCAUUUACAAAUUCUUUAAUAUCAAAAAUACCUGAUAAUGAUGCUGUUUAUGGAGAGCAUGAAAAUUGUGAUGGUCGACUUGAAAUUCGUAUUAUUAAUUCAAUUGGUAAUAAUGGUGCUAUUAUUCAAACAAUUGUCGAAAAAGAACCAAUUAAAAAAAUAUUAACAAAUGGAACAACAAUUAGUCCAGCAAGUCCAAAUCCUGGUCCAGAUGAACCAUCAAUAUAUUAUGAUGCAACAGAAAGUCGUGCAAAUACAAAUAAUACAUCAUUAAAUAAGGCAAUUAUGUCACAAUCAUCAGCAACAACAAAUAAUUCAUCAUUUCGUGAUUAUCGAGAUAACAAAGAUCGUGAUUCAUCAAGACCACAUAGUGUUUGUAGUAAAAUACCAGUUCCAGUUAAAAGUCCAAGAUGUUCAUUGUCUGAAUCAACACCUGAUCCAAAUACUCAAAAUACUAAAACUGGUAGUGAACAUGAAAAAUCAAUUAUUUCAUCAACUCAAUCCAAAGAUAACAAAGAAUCUGCAAUAAAAGGAAAAUCAUUGUCAAUCCAUAUGGAUCCACCAGUAUUGAGAAGAUGUGCAACAUUACCAGAUGCACGUCCAGUACCAUCAUUAACAUCAACAAGUUCAACUGAAGAAGAAAAUUUAACUGGUUGUACACCAGCACUACGUAGAAGAAGACAAAGUGAAAAAUAUGUUACAGAUGCAAGUCAACUUAAUUUAAGAUUUCAAAGACCUCAACGUAGAACAAGACCAAAUUCUGAAGUGUUACCAAGAUAUUAUCCAAGAGGUGUACCUUCAUAUUUAUUAGAUUCAGGUAAAAGAAAUGAUGAAAGUAGUGACAAUGAUUCUGAUAGUAGUGGACCACCAAAUACACAGCCACCACCUCCACCUUCGUCUUUGCCACCUCAUGUAGCUGAAAAUAAUGCUAGAUGCCGUAGAUUCAGACCAGUCCCAGAAACAGCAGUAAGCAGAGAAUCGUGAGAUUUAUUAAAUGAAAUCAUAAAUGGUAUUUAUUUACAUAAUUAACAACAAAAUCCUACCAAAACCAACUAGGAAUGUGAUACCUUUUUGGAUUAAAAAUAAGUUUAUAAAACUUUUUUCCAACAAAUGACACACGAGUCAUUUAAUAAAAAAUAAAAAAUCUUAUUUUUGGCUGAGGGAUAAUAAUAUUUAAAAAUGGACUCACUCCCUGUGAUUCCUUAUUAAAGAAAUUUAAAGAAAAAAAAAAAAAAAUAGAUAAAUGACAUUGUGUACUUACUCAAUAUACUGCGAUGUGAUCUGUCAUAAUAUAAUUUAUAAGAUCACAGUUUGUGAAGAGAUUAUUUUAUUAUUUUUACGGAUAAUAUAUUAUUUAAAAUCAAAGAAAUAUAUACCUAAUGCUUGUAGUCCGUUAAUUAAAUAAUUUAAAUAAUUUAUAACGGAAAAAAUAAAAUAAUAAGAAACAAGAAUUUAACUUUGAUAUGACAACGUGUCAAGUGAGUUUAUUCAAAACUUUACUGUAAUAAUAUUCAGCUUUUUUUUCUCGUAUUUUUGUUGAUUUAUUAUUACAGUUUAAUAAUCAUCUGUACUUUAUAAAUAUGGUUAUCAGUGCAAUAACCAGUACAAAUAAAAAAACAAGCGUAAAAAAAAUUAAUGAAAAAACGACACAAUCUAGGGAAUUUAAAUAAAAUCCUCAUUUUUUAAAUGCUUUAUCCGAUUGUUGAAUGGUGUACUCGUGCUAAUAAUGAUAUUAAUAUGACAACGUAAUUGCGAAUGUGUGAAACUUGGCCUUGCUGUAUGCUGUGUUUUUGCCAAUUAUUCAAAAUAAUAAAUUAAUAAACAAAAAAGUAUAUAUGCUACAAGAGUUUUACAAAAAUAUAUUAAUUUUAAAAAUAUAUUUAAAUAAUUAGAUAAAAUAAAUUAUAAAAAUUAUAAAAAAAAAAAAAACUCUUGUUGGUUGUUUACUUUUAAAUUGCAGCUUAGAUUAUUAUUAUUAUUAAAGAAUAAUAACAGAAGCUAAAGUGAGAAAUGUAAUUUUUUUUUGUAGGCUAUAUAAAUUGUAAUUAAAAAAAAAAUAAUCAUGGGGUCAGGACGUGUGUGCUAGUCUUGAUAAUCCUAUUACAUUGAUGAUACAUCAACAGAAUGCAACAAUUUUUAAACGGCCAUUUAAACAUCUUGAUAUUUUUUUUAUCUCAAAACUAUAUUGAUGUAAAAUUAUUAUUGUUAAAUUUUUUUUUAGUUUGUUUUUUAGUUUGUUAUAGACAAAUGAAAUUUAAUCAGCAAUACGUAUAUUUAAAUUGAAAUUUAAAAAUUAGCAAAGAAAAAAAAAAGUUAAAAAUAAAGACAUGAAUUUAAUUUGAAUAACACUAGUCAUUUAAGAUCAAUUAUUCUUGUACAUGUUUUUAAUGUUCACAUUUAAAUACAACAACAAAAAAAAACAUUAGAUAAUUAAUUAACAAAUUCUAUAUAAUGUAAUAUUUAAAAAACGAAAAGUUAAUUAGUUUAAACGUAUACCAAAAAAAAAAAAAAAAACAAAAAUAAAUAAUUAAACAAUAAAGUGCACUAAUUUCUUUUCAAAAUUAUUUUGAUUAUACUCAAGCCCACAGGAGUGAAAUAAAUUUUAAAUAAUAUUUCGGGCAUAAUGAUAAUUAAUUUUUAAUAAUGGCUAAUCAAAAUCUAGUCAAAUAAAAAAAAAAAAAAAAUGUAUCCAUGCGUAAUUGACAUUAAAAUAAAUUAAGUUAGCUUGUAAAAAAAAAAAAUGAUAAAAAUAAUAAAUCGUGUUAAAAUUAGCUAGCAACAAAUGCCAUGAUAAAUGAUUUUAAAAAAUAAAUAUUUGUGCCAUUGACACAAUUAAAUGACAUUUAAAAUCAUUCAGGUUAUUAUUUUGUAUUCUUUUAAUUUAUAUAUUGUUCUUUUUUUUUUUAAUUAUAAAAUUACAAGAUCAGUGCUCAGUUACUUCAAGUGAUAAAUGAAUGAGUGAUCAUUUGAUCAAGAAAAUAUCGAGUUAAAUUUAU